GACACCCUGCCCACGGUCACCCCAAGCUGGGAUUUAAUCCAGGCCCUGACUCUGGACUCCAAACUCUAACCGCUGCACUGUGUGAGUCCCCAUCUCCUCCUCCGUGCCUGGCUGUGCGGGCUGCGAGGAUCUGGAGAGGAGCCCUGCACAUUCCUGCCAAGCUCCGGUACACUGAGCUCCCACCAUGCACCAGGUGCUGGGCUGGGGCCACAGAUGCGGACCAGCCAGAUGCUGCCCUGCCCUUAGGAGGGGUGGGGGGCUCAGUUGGGGAAAACCUUAGACCAAGUCACACAGAUAAUCCUGUGAUUGCACACUACUUAAUCACAGGUAAUCAUGGAAUUAUCUAGCAAUUACGUAGACCAGGGUUCUGUGAGAGAGUUGGGAUGGGUAUUUCAGCCUUGACAUGGUGGCCUGGGCAGUAGUAUUAGCUAGGACAAGUGAGAAAAUGCCACCCACUAGCCGACUGCUGAAAGAGGAAUGGUGAUUAUAAAGUCCAGAGAAACACUAGCAGGUAUGGCUGGAUCCAGGGGCUCUGUGUUUCUGUGCUUUCCACUCUGUUGGCCUCACUCUCAGUGUUCUCUGCUCUCAGGGGUGAGUGGUGAGGAGAGGACAACAGCUCUAGGAUGUUACGGCACCAGCGUUUCAUCUACAGAGAGCAUAGCUUCUCUCUGUCAGCCAGCCUAACCCAGAAUUGUUCUUUAUUGAACCUGUCAUGUGGCCUGCUGGGUUUGGAGUUCACUGACUGGGAGGAUCUGGGGCACAGGCCUGGGGAGGAGCAUGAAACUCCCAGAGAACAGGGAAGGGGUGGCUCACAAAGGACUACUGCAGGGAGAGAGAAAGGAAGACUGAGCAGGCGAAAACCAGGCAGAUUUCCCCACAGAGAGGGACCCUGGAACCAAGGUAGUAACAGGCCAGGUCAGAGGGCUGCGGAGGAAGUCUGGGCAGGAGCAGCAGCACAUGCACAGAUCUUCGGAUGCUCAAAGAAGCCAAGAAAAGCAGUGUGGCGAUGGGGGGGAGGGCCCCGGGGGGGGAGGGGCCCCACCACUGCUGGAGCCUCUGACGGGGUAGGACUUUCUAAGCUGGGAGGGGGCAGAGGUGUUAGAGUGAUCUGAGUCAUAUUUUAAGAAGCUUGGGCUGCAAGGAGCCCCGAUUGCAGACGCCAUCCUCCCCAGGUGUCCUCCUCGCCCGGGGGUGCCCCCCUCCUCCCUGGCACCCCUCCCCUCCCCACACGGCCCUCCCAUCUUGCCUUCCUCUCCACCCCUCCUGGAGCACCCGUGCUCUUCCCCUGCCUACCACCUCCCUACCUGUUCCUGCCCUCAGCACCCCCUCCUGUCUCACCUAGUCCUUGCUCCCCACACCCCUUGCAUUGCCCCUCACACCCCUGCGUCACCUCUGGCCCUCCAGCCUCCUCACAGGGGAGCAGGGCCGCGUGAUAGUGGUAAAAAUAACUCUCUGACAAUGUGUGAAUGGAGGGCUAAGGGAGGAGGAGGGAGGCUGAGCCCCCACUCUAGGGAAGGACACCCUUGGGGUUCAGGAUGGGAAGGUGCUGUCCUAGGAGCCCCGCCCCUUCCUCCUCCCCCUUGAGUUCAGCCCCCUCGAGGCCACAGUCUUGCUGUCAGCAUCUCCUCUCAGGCACACACCCAGCUAGCCAGACCAGGUGGAGGAGCUCUCCAGAGGUGAGUAGCCAAGCAGCCUGACUGCGGGCAUGCUGGGUGCCUUCCGGGCUGGAGCCCUUACCCUACCUGCCUUGACCCUGUGCUCUGUCCUCAGGUCCCGGCUGCUGCCCAAGAAUCCCCUUGGCACCCUCAGGGAUGCCUCUUUGCACUUUCUCCUUGGCUCAGUGUAUCCCCCUCAUCUGCAGCCCACAGGGGCUUCUCUGAGUCCAGGCCUUCAUGUCUGAGCCAUAUGGCGGGCACAGCGGCAGAGAGCCGGGGGCGGCCCCAGCGGGUGAGCAUGCAGGAGCACAUGGCCAUAGACGUGAGCCCAGGCCCAAUCCGGCCCAUCCACCUCAUUUCCAACUACUUCCCGCACUUCUACCCCUUCGCUGAGCCCACCCUGCGCGCCCCAGACCCACCCCAUGCAGUGACCUCCGCUAUCUGCACUGCGCCCCAGCAGCAGCCCAACCCAGAGCCCGAGGGCGACUCAGAUGACAGCACUGCCCUGGGCAUCCUCGAGUUCACACUUCUUUUUGAUGCGGACAACAGUGCCCUGCACUGCACGGCUCACUGUGCUAAGGGCCUCAAGCCACCAGCCUCAGGAUCUGUGGACACCUAUGUCAAAGCCAAUCUGCUGCCAGGGGCCAGCAAGGCCAGCCAGCUGCAGACACGCACGGUUCGGGGCUCAAGGAGGCCUGUCUGGGAGGAGACACUCACCUAUCAUGGCUUCACUCACCAGGAUGCCGGGCGCAAGACCCUGCGGCUGUGCGUGUGUGAGGACCCACGGCUGCGGCGACGGCGGCGGGCGCCUCCCCUGGGGGAGCUGCGAGUGCCCCUGAGGAAGCUGGUUCCCAACCAGGCCAGAAGCUUCGAUGUGUGUCUGGAGAAGUGGAGGCUGACCAAGAGGCCCAAGAGCCUGGACACAGCACGUGGCAUGUCCCUGUAUGAGGAGGAGGUAGAAGUGGAGGCGGCUGGGGAGGAACGUGGGCGCAUCCUGCUGUCACUGUGCUACAGCUCUCAGCGGGGUGGCUUGCUGGUUGGGGUGCUGCGCUGCGCCCACCUUGCCCCCAUGGACACCAAUGGCUACUCAGACCCCUUUGUCCGCCUUUUUCUGCAUCCAAAUGUGGGGAAGAAAUCUAAGUACAAGACCAGUGUUCGGAAGAAGACCCUGAACCCCGAGUUCAAUGAGGAAUUCUUCUACGCAGGCCCAAGGGAUGAGUUGGCCCAGAAGACGCUGCUGGUGUCUGUAUGGGACUACGACCUGGGCACAGCUGACGACUUCAUUGCUCCUGACCCAUUCCCCAACCCAGGUGGGGUGCAGCUGAGUAGCCGGGCCAGUGGGGAGCGCCAGCGGCACUGGCAUGAGUGCCUGCGCCGCAGUGACUGCCGGCUGGAGCUGUGGCACCCGCUGGACGGCGUGCCCCUCCAGCUCAGCGACUAGCAGGGGCACCCGGCCUGGUCCUGCUCAUUGCCCCUCCCCCACACUGGCCCUAGAUGCCCCCACGGAGCUGGGAGGACCUGGGGCUGCCUUCCCCACCUCUCUAGUCAGACUGUUCCCUCCUUUUCCCCCUUUCAAAUUCCCCUCACUGCCGAGUCAUGAAGGAAGAAUAAACCUCUCCUCCAAACCAGA